AUUCGUCCUCACUAAAGAGAGACACACAGACUGAAAACCAGACGAUCAGAUUCAUCUUCAGAACAAACUAACAACUUCAUCUGAGUGAGUUCAGCUACAGGAGAGAAAAGAGGAAAACUACAACACUGCUGCUUCAACCUGCUGACACUCCACACACUGAACCUUCACUCAGAGACAAAAUGGCUUCCAGAUCAGAGGAGGAUCUCUGCUGUCCGGUCUGUCAUGAAGUCUUUAGAGAUCCUGUUCUUCUGUCAUGUAGCCACAGCUUCUGUAAAGACUGUCUGAAGAGCUGGUGGAGAGAGAAACCAACACAGGAGUGUCCAGUUUGUAAGAGAAGAUCUUCAAGGGAAGAACCACCUUAUAAUCUGGUGUUAAAGAACCUGUGUGAGAGUUUCUUACAGGAGAGAGAUCAGAGAGCUUCAGAGGCUCUCUGCAGUCUGCACUCUGAGAAACUCAAACUCUUCUGUCUGGACCAUCAGCAGCCAGUGUGUGUCGUCUGCAGAGAUUCAGAGAAACACACCAACCACAGAUUCAGACCCAUCGAUGAAGCUGCUCAACAACACAAGAAGAAACUUCAGGAAACUCUGGAGCCCUUAAAGGAGAAGUUAAAGGUUUGUGAACAAGUUAAAGUGAAGUUUGAUCAAACAGCAGAACACAUGAAGGUCCAGGCCCGACGCACAGAGAGGCAGAUUCAGGAUCAGUUUAAGAAGCUCCACCAGUUUCUAGAGGAGGAAGAGGAGGCCAGGAUGGCUGCACUGAGGGAGGAAGAGGAGCAGAAGAGUCAGAUGAUGAAGGAGAAGAUGGAGGCUCUGAGCAGAGAGAUAGCAGCUCUUUCAGACACAGUCAGAGCCACAGAGGACGAGCUGAGAGCUGAAGACGUCUCAUUCCUCAACAACUACAAGGCUGCAGUGGAAAGAGUCCAGCAGCGCCCCCUGCUGGAGGAUCCACAGCUGCUCUCAGGAGCUCUGAUAGACGAGGCCAAACACCUGGGCAACCUGACCUUCAACAUCUGGAACAAGAUGAAGGACAUGGUCUCCUACACUCCUCUGGUUCUGGACCCAAACACUGCUGAUCCAGAACUCAUCCUGUCUGAAGAUCUGACCAGUGUGAGACUAGGAGAGAGACAGCAGCUUCCUGAUAAUCCAGAGAGGAUUGAUAAAUACUGGUCUGUUCUGGGCUCUGAGGGCUUUAACUCAGGGACUCACAGCUGGGAUGUUGAUGUUGGAGACAGUACAGUCUGGUUACUGGGUGUGUUAGCAGAGUCUGUCCAGAGGAAGGGAGGCAUACAGUCUGGAUUAUGGAGUAUAUGGUUCAAUAAAGGUAAAUACUCAGCACUGUCACUACCAGGUCCAGUCACUGAUCUCAAAGUGCAGAAGGAGCUCCAGAGGAUCAGAGUGAAUCUGGACUGGAACAGAGGAAAGCUGUCGUUCUCUGAUCCUGAUACUAACACACACAUACACACCUUCACACACACUUUCACUGAGAGGAUGUUUCCAUACAUUAACACUGUUGAUAAACUGAAGAUAUUACCAAUGAAGAUCAGUGUGACAGUGGAACAGAGCAGUUAUUCAUAA